ACAUCUUCCCAUCAAAUUCUCAGGUUCUCUGCUUUCCAACAUCACAUAGUAAUGGCUGCAAGUCAGCCUUUCCAUGUUCGAUCCAUCAGUCUACCAUCUAGAGAUCACCCCUCCAUGCUCAAAAUGGAGGAAGACCUGAGAAAGCUCAGGUCUUUUAUGGCUCAAUCCUCUUUAACAUCACUUAUGAUAGUGGAUGGGCUGAAGGGGCUUGGAGGUUUGUAUGAGUGCAUUGACGAGGUUCUUCACUUGCCUAGCAGCAACCAGCACUUCUCCAGUCAACAACAGAAGGAAUGGAUGGAAGUAGAGUUGGAUGGCUCUAUCAGGCUGUUGGAAUUGCUUGGAACCCUGAAAGAUUGCAUGCAAGAAAUAAAAUGCCAAAUUAGGGACCAGGAGAUGGCCCUUAGAAGACAAGGAGAAGCAGUGGUGAAGCAUGAGUUACACACUCACAUCCUUUCUGAUAAGAAAUUGAGGAAGAAUAUUCAAAAUUGCUCCAGAUCACUGAAGCAUAUGAAUGGCAAAGAUGCCUUGAGCUGCACUGAAGAUAAAGAAUUUGAUUCCGGGAAGAUGAUCGAAAGUUUGAAGGAAGCAAGGGUUCUUGCCAUUCAUCUUCUUCAGUCUGUCUCUGAUUUCUUGUCCAUGCUAAGGCCAAAGAGAAAAGCAAGCAGAUGGCCUCUUAUCUCAAAAGCAUUGCACAAGAGGAAAGUAACAUGCAAGGGUGAGCAUGAGGCUGCCGAAACUAAUGAUGAGUGUGUCCCGAAGAUCAAAUACCAAUUGCAGACGUUUCAGAACAGCAUCAACCGUCUAGAAGAAGGAUUAGAUUUCUUGUAUAGAAGACUAAUCCGAAAUAGAGUAGCUGUUCUUAACUUCUUCAGUUUGUAAUGGUUUAUGAGGCACUUACUCUCAUUAGCAUCCAAAUUUUAGAGGAAUUGCUAAUGUUUGUAUCCUUAACAAUUUUGUAUACAAUAUAUGUUACUGUUUGAUUAAA